ACAACAGUGAGUGCAUAUGCACGUCACGUACAUGUACAUGAUGCGCGUAUGAACGAUCGACGAAUUACAUUGCCGUGUGUUUUCAUGACGAAGGCGUCGCUUUAGGACUCGACCCCGGCUCAUUUUCGACAGUUAUUUAAACGCACUUGAAACAGAAGAUUCUUUAUUUACUUGUUUAAGGAUAAGGGUUUGUCUUGAUUCGCAGUUGAGUUGUUUGACAAGAAGGAGGAUGUCGCUGCCUUUUUUACCUGGGAAUAGCUUCGACCGGAAGCUUGGUCAAGAGCGGCACCACAAGUCCCACCAUUUUGACCACUGCAACAGCGUGUCCAUGCUGGUGGGGGAGCACAAGCCAGGCAUCGGUGGGGAGAAGCUUCUGGGUCAGAAACCCAAACCCCAGAACAGCAGGAUCCCCCAGGGCCAAGGCAAUGCAGCCCCUGCCUGGGUUGCGUUUGAUAGACAGGUGUUGCGUUUUGAUGCCUACUUCCAGGAGGCAGUACACGAGAAGUCCCAGGAGCAGUUCCGCGUCCGCAAGUGCAAGAUCUAUCUGUACCUGGAAGAUGACUCCAUACAGGUCAUUGAACCCCAGGUCAACAACAGCGGGAUACCGCAAGGCACACUGAUCCGCCGCCACCGAAUUCCCCUCCCGCCUCCCAACGACGACCAGUUCUACACCAUGGAGAAUUUCAACGUCGGCACGGAGCUCAUGCUGUACGGCCGCACCUUCAAGCUGACCGGCUGCGACCAGUUCACUUACAACUUCCUGCGCAAGGCGGGGGUGCGUGUCAACCCGCCGGAGAGCACGCCAGGAGACCCGUACAAGGACUACAGGAAGGGGAUGGAUGAGUCCCAGCAGCCGCUCCGUCCGUACGAGAAGGUGGACACCCUGAAGCAGUUCUUGGACCACGACCGCCACGUGCUGCGCUUCUACUGCUACUGGGACGACACCGACAACAUGUUCGGCGACACCCGGGAGAUGAUCCUGCACUACUUCCUCGCCGACGACACCGUGGAGGUCAAGGAGAUGAUCCCGGCCAACGCGGGCCGGGACGCCACCCCGAUGUUCCUGCGACGGGCCCGCAUGCCCAUGAGCGGGCCCGAGCCCCUGCAGCAGCCUGGGAAGAACACAGGCCGCACGGUGCUGAAUGUGUUUGGGCCCAUGGGCCACGGGGGCAGGUACAUUCUGGACAGUCUCAAGACCGGAGCAGUUCAUACUGAGUACUACAAGGCCAGCGACCUCAAGAUUGGCACACAGAUGAAUAUGUGGGGCCGUAAACUGACCCUCUGUGACUGUGACGACUUCACUAAAGAGUACUAUCGCUCCAAGUAUGGUGUGGCUACUUUCACCCCGCUUAACUACAAGGGCGAGGCAGCCCCAUCCAUGAAGCGUGAGUGGCCGCCGUACACUGGAUUUGGCUCCGAGGAGGAUUCUCUCUGCUCCUGCAUGGGUCUGCUGCCCAAGCCGCCCCGGAGAGACUUCAUCAAAUUCAUGGAGAAAGACAGGCACGGACUUGACAGCAAUGUGAUUCGUUUUGUUUGCCGACUGGAUACCACUAAACCCAUUGACACAGACCGUAGAUUCAUUCUCUCCUAUUUCCUGUCCGACGACACCGUCUCCGUGUUUGAGCCGCCGGUCCGCAACUCUGGCAUAAUCGGCGGCAAGUUCCUGGAGCGCAACCGUAUCAAGAAGCCCAACCAGGAGCGCUUUGGCACCGAGCUGUCCGAGUACUACCAGGCCAGGGACCUGUACGUCGGCAGCCGGGUUAACUUCCACAACCACAUCUUCGUCUUGAUCGAUGCGGACGAGUACGCCUUCCGCUACAUGGAGAAGCACGCCCAGGAGUUCAAUGUUUCCAACAUCAACUCCAUCAUCCAGAAGUUGGGUCAGAUCGCCUCGCAGAACAUGGAGCAGAUCAAGGAAUUCUUCAAGAGGAACGACCCCGAGGGCACCGGCAAGCUGGAGUACGACCUUUUCAGGAACCUCUUAGUGCAGCUCGGCGGCUCAUCCCUAGCCGAGCACGAGAUCAUGACAGUUGCCCGUUACUACAGCGACAGCCAAGACGACAAGAUGCCCCUGGAGGCGCUGGUGUCGGUGGCCCAGGAGCAGCUCCGCCGCAGCAACUUUGAGAACUUUGCCAAGCUGGCCGAGGGCCUGCAGUCCUACGACACGGACCGGUCGGGCUUUGUGGAUGCCGAGCUGGUCCGCAAGACCUGCAGGGCCUUCCACCUGCCUCUGCCGGACGAUCUAGUGCGCGCCUUGCUCUUCAGAAUGGACAAGAACAACGAGGGUAAAGUCAACUACGAGAUGUUUGUCCGUUACCUGAACUGGAGGGACGCCCCCGUCAGCCUGCCGCCUUACCAACCCCCACCCACCAAGCUGGACGAAGCCUGGUCCGGCCAGGAGAAGAGAGACAACGUACUACGAGUCAACUACUCUGCUCUGCUGGGCACACUCUUCCCAGAUCAGUCCUAAAUCACCCCGGCAGCCAUCUCUGUCUAGUUCCCGGAGGGCACACUUGUAAGGCCAAUAUGAUGUGGUUAUGACAUCAUAGCCACCAGUCUUUUUUUUUUUUUUUUAGCACAAAGCCUCAGACUGGAUUUGAAUCGGGCAUUUUGUGGCUACGUCUUGGAUUUUACAUUUGGCACACUGUUUGUGAGUAGCUUUAGCCAUAAAAUGCCAAAUUUGGACAACUUUUUUUUUCAGGUCCCUACACUAUGUAUGAGUAAUCCACAAAAGCUGGUACACAUUAUGUAUGUGCAAGUAUCACAGAAGGGAUCAUAUUUAUUUUAAAUUACUAUUUUUUUUCACAGAAAUCCUCUUACUUUUCAAACUGAUAUAUGUAUUAGAGAGCACCAUCUUAAUUGGUGGUUUGAAAAAAGCAUUUCACUAGCAGUUAUAAAUAAUUUCAGAUUUUCCGGAAAGACAUUUAAUUACUCAUGUGGAGAAAGUUUUCAUUAUUUUGGUUAUUGCAAGUCGGUAAUUCACUGCACAAGACUUCACAGGGUACAUGUAUAUGGCUGUACUUUUAGUAGCAAUCACCAACCUUUUUUCAAUAAGCCAGUUCAGUAUCUGUUGAAGUAGUCCAGGUCAAAGGUCAUUCGGGAUAAAUCGCGGACGUGUAAUGCUGACGUCCCAUUCUGCUUGUAAUUAGCGCACGAGCGUCGUGCGCUCGUCUCCGCGCGUGUUCAGACGCCUUCGAUUAUCCCAUUUCAUUGUGCGCAUGCGUAGUUGAAAUACCGGACUGGCUUAUUGGGAUGUUUGUUUUUAUAUGGGAAGAUUUCUUAAUGAAUCAGUCGCUGCAAUUUGCCAAGAUUUCUGGAGUGUGGAACUUGGUCAUGCAUGUUCAUGCAUUUUUCAUGUAAAUGUUUGUGGUCUUAUAUGCUAUGCAUUACUGCAUUGGGCCUGCAUCAAAGU